AUGCCCGAUGUUGCUUUGAAGAUAUUUGUCAGAAAGGAAUAUACCUAUCUUAUACUAUUGGUUUUCUGUUUGCAGCCCAUCUUUCAUUUUUGGUUUUUUAAGCCCCUAGCCAUGUCCAAAAAGAUAAACAGCGACUUUCAAUGGCUUUUACAUUUGGCCGUGCUCAGAACGGUAAUAAGAGAUCAUCCGCAGGACUACACUCGUUAUCUAAGUGAUAUUGGCAGGGAUAUUGGAAACAGACUGGCUGAUGAUUUUUGUGCGCGAUUUUCGAUUUAUGGAAAAAUCCAAAACAAAGAUGUUGAAAGGUACCUAAAAAUAUUUUUAGAGUUUUAUUUUGGCAAUGACCUUGUUACUGGCAACUGUGAAGUCCGGACAUCCAGCUCUAUUUUGAAACACCAGGGAGUUCCGGGUGCUGUUAUGUUUAAGGAAAUAUUUCAGGAAGUGUUUGAUAGUUUGAAUGGGAAUGUGGUGUUUGCAGACUCCAACGAUAAAAUACUGUUUACUUUUAAAGAAGAUCAAGACGCAAAGAAUCAUUAA